UCGUCUCCAUUUCUUCGUUACUGUUGCUUUUACCACGUCGCCAUUUCUUCGCGCCUGCUUCGGCCUCGCGGUCUUCACGUGAAUUUUGAAGGCUUCGCGUGAAGCGGUGUGUUGAAAGAGCCGCUAAAGAAGCUUCUUCGCCUCCUUCGACGACGUCGGAUCGGAAGUCACGACGGGAGCUUGCUCGUUGCGAAGGUAACCAACUUUAUCCCUUUCGCGCGCUUCUUCGGCCAAAUCCCGUAAAUCCGCCGAACUACAGGAUUUAAUAAAUCCGGGAUUUAUGGCAAAAUAUGGGCAAUGGAGGAUUUAUACUGGGUGCUCAAAUCCCGUUUGGCAGAAUUUAGCAUAAAUCCUGUUGCCAAACAGCCCCUUAACUGUGCUUAAAAGGAGAUUUGGAUGGCGGCGGCAGUGAUUGCUCGACGGAGAGGAUGGAUGGCGUUGGCAUCCUCGAGUAAUCAAGUCCGCGAGUUGUCGGAACUGGCCAAGUCGAAAGGAAAUGGGAAGCGUGCGUUUCUGGUGGAUACCCUGGGACUGGUGAGAAGGUUGGAGGGGCAGGGUGUGCCGUCCAAUCAGGCCGAAGCGAUUACCUCGGCUAUCACAGAAGUUCUAAAUGAUAGUUUGGAGAAUGUGUCGCAGUCAUUUGUGUCUAAUGUGCAGAUGCAGAUGAGUGAGAUGGCUCAAGAUGCUAAACUCUCCAAGUUCAAGUCUGAGGUGCAGAGCUCACAGGUGUGGCAUUUUUUUAGGGUGCUGCUUGGUAUUGCAUUAUUAUAGAUGAUUAAUAAUUUU